AGGCCGCUCCUGAAAGUAAAGGAGGCCGGUUUGACUGUAGGUUUACUGUUUGUCAAACUCCGUUGUCAGAGGGGUUGCGGUAUGUUUCUGCGUGUUACAGUUGGUCGUCUAUCCAACUCACUUAUCUCUCGUCACAAUUUGCUGGUCCGUUAUGCUUCCAGUGAGCCGGCUGAUGAGCAAGGUGGAUUCACGCGGUCAAUCUACUCUAAACCUAUGGUACGUCAGUUGUAACAUUAGGUGCCAUUAACUUAGUAUAAAUAUGUUGUACGUGACGGGAAAUCUGUAAAAAUAUAUACUGGUUUAGUGAAAGAAGCGAUGAGUCCUGCUGAUAAAUUUCGUGAACUUCUUCAGAAGGCAUGGAGUACAGAAACUCUGACAGUGGAUAGCCUCAGAACAUUGUUGCUAUCGCGAAUCAAGGAACGAAACCGGAAAAAACAAAUAGUCUCUGACAAAGACGUUGAGAAACUUGGACUAGAUAUUGCUAUAGCUCAUAUGGUGUGCCGUCUGGGCGGUCGCGUUCAGCUCAUCGGUCACACUAACUGGAUUCAGCCAUAUGCUGGGGUCCCUCCUAUACUACCAAAUAAAUACGUUGAUAGUUUCGUAAUCGAAAGCAUUGACCUGUCAGGUACCAAUAUUGUAUAUGAAGGACUAGAGUUUUUACCCUGUUUAACCCAUCUAAGGUACUUAAAAAUGAAAAGAUGUGUACGUCUUGAUGAUUUUUGCUUGUCGAGAAUUGGACGUAUCAAAGGAUUACAAUUUCUGGAUGUCAGUGAAUGCCCUACUAUUACUUCAAAAGGCCUAGCGACAUUGGCACAGUUAAAAACUUUACGCCGCCUAAUAGUGAGUGGAAACCCACAGAUUGAAGACAAGGAAUUAGUUUGCCUUCUACUGGAAGAUCACUUACCGAAAUUAUACAUUGACGGUGUUGACUACAUUGGUCAACUGCCUGAUAAAUCGAAAGAAAAGAUCUUAAGGUUAGUAUCUACAAAUGAAAGGUUUACUCAAGCACAAAACGAGGAGACCAAUGUAGAUAAAGUUUAUUUGAUUGACAAAGCAUAGAAAUGUCGUCAAGUAACAUAUACUCAUAUUAUAUAAUGUACAUAAAAGUUAUCACAAUUUAAUUUUGUUAAUC